GGAGGAAUAGGAAAGUCUGUUUUGAAAUGAUUUCUUUUCGAUUGUUGAUUGUAGUCUUUACUGCAACCUUUCAUUUUAAAUUUUAUGAAGCCACCCAUAGAUGUGCUUCUGAAGUGUGCAUGGACAGUAAAAUUGAUAUUAAGAGAGAGCUGAGAGAAAGAGUAAAUGUUACAUCUGGACCAGAGGGAGAACGAGUUUACUUCAAACCCGGGCUCUUCAGUUUUGGAUGCAGCUACUUUAACAUGUAUAAGGAUUGCAUACCCACGGGGGUGGACCCAUGUUUUCCAAGAAAGUAUCAGAACAGACUGCAGGACUUUAUUGACGCUUUAGACAACAUCGCGUGUACCAAAGCUGAGAGAUUGGACAAAUUGAUCGACUGUAUGAACAAUGGCGAUGUCCAGAAAUUUCUUUUUGAAAACCUGUAUUCUAAACUUAUCUCCUUUGAGUCUAAAAUGAAAACGAAUGACUCAGAUGUAUGCAGUAAAAUGAAGGUGGAUAUUCGUGCCGCUGUGACAAACCUCUCGGCUAAUUGCGACCAUGAUGGCCUGCAAGCCCUUUUGCAGCUUAUGAACGAGUUGGCAGAAGAGAUACCCGAUAUUUUCCAAAUAGUCACAGGUGAAUUGAUGACAAAACCGGAUUAUAAACAAAAUUGCUAUGACGAGUUUAUGGAAGUGACGUCAUCAGUCCAGCGUUCCCUUACCAGACGAGCUUCUGUCAUGGAAACUUCCCGAAUCGUCCGAUCUCUGCUUGGCUUGUAGUUCCGGUCUAAUUUCUGCUCGGCUUGUAGUUCCGGGUCUUGUUUUCUGAAUAAUUAAUCCAGCAUGAAAUAAAUUAUCGCUAAACCUAA